UUGAUGAAAAGCAUUGUAUGGUUGGGGAACAAAAAAAUAAAGGAACGGAACAUCUCCGAAGCAAUGUCGCUACCGCUAUUGAGCAUUACGCGUCAAAAUCGUUUCGCGCAUUGGAUCCAUCUGACAUAGCACAUUUACAACGUGUUUAUCCAGAAAUUGUUAAUGAAUUGAAAGAUUCCUUUUCUCGUCUUAAAACGUCAGAUGUCGACUGGCGUUGUGUUAAAAAGGAGGAGCGUCGUUUAUUAAGUUGUUUGUCUUCAUUUAUUCAUUUGGUUUCUGUGCGUAACUCCAUUUUCUUGCUGCGUGGAUUAAAUCCAAGUUUAUUUUCUUUGUUGUUUGAAAUACUUCCAAUUGACGAUUUGUGGAUAGUCAAUAAUUCGGCCAACACUCAUUUUGCUUUAUUACAUCUCACGUUUACUUAUGCACAAACACAUGAUCAAUUUCUUUCGAGUAGUGAACUUUUACAAAAUGGGCAUUCUGUUGGAGAUAAUUCUACCCAGAUGGGUGUUGUUUCUUCUCCUUUAAAAUCAUCUAUGUCGUCUACUGAUCAAUUAACAAAUAAAUAUUUUGGACAAAUUUUAGUCAAAAUUUCUUCUCUAUUGAAUCUUUUUGAAUUGUUAGAUGCCCGAACACAAUCUUUGGUUAUCAGUUGGCUUUUGAAAUUAACUUCUGGAAUUUCUGAUCAGUUUAGAGCUGUGAAAGAGCUUAAAACAGUUUUUACAUUACGUUCUUCAAUGCUUAAUACAUUCUUUAAAUUACAUAAAUUUAAAUCACCAGAACAACGAAAACUUUUUCUUCGUUGUAUGUAUAAAAUGCAAACAUUUAAUUUACUUCAACAAGACGAUCAAAGAAGCCGUCAAUUACGCAAUAAUUUUAUUAAAGUAUUUUUGCAGAAUGCUUCAAAAUUAAGUUGUGAACAUUUUCGAAUUUUAUGGACAAGGACGCCUUUUACAUUUUUGAUUAAAUUAUUUGGUUUAAUUGAAUAUAACCAACAACAAUUUUUAUUAAAUGGACAACCUCAAUUAGACAAUUUCGAAAAUUUAGAAAUUCGCCAACAACAAAAUUUAGGACAACCAUUAAUGGAAAUAUAUGAAUUUAAUUUAAUUGCAAAUUUUCUUUUUAAUCAAAAAUGUAUUGGAAUUGAAAUUGAUGAAUUAACAAUCUCCAAAGAUUGGAUACAAUCUGCAUCAGAAUUUCUUCGUGAAAAUUUAAUUCAAUCAACUAAAAAUCCAAAAAAUGUUUUGUCUUUGUCAUCUGAACAGUCAAAUCAACCGCCACCUUCAAUAUUAAGAGAUUGGAAUUUUAUAAUUGGGCAUUUUGCACUUUAUUGUAUUGCAAAUAGAAUGCGCACUCCUGUUGGUAGCAAUCCUCUAGAAACUUUUACAAAAUUUGAAAAUGAGUUGCGUUCUCUUUUUGCUUCAAUAUUGCUUCGUAAGCCACAAGACGUUAAACAAAAGCAAUCACCACAAGUGGGAUCUGAAGAAAAUUGGAGAAAUGAUGCAAAACCUGAAAAUACCGAAAAAAGAGUUCUGCGUUCGGUAGAAGAUUGGUUUCGCGUUCGAAUGCUUCAAUAUUCAAUAGAAUGUAUUGAUAAAUUUAUGUGUUUUGCGAUACGCGGUUCAGUUUUGGAAAUUGCGGAAAAUUUGGCUUUGAAUUCCCGACAAUUUUUUCUCGUAAAUGAAAGUAGUUGUACUGAUUGGUUUACUCGUACAACACUUCCACUUAUGGGUGUCGCGUUUUCUAACGGAAAUUUUUCUCAAAUUGUACGUCUUGCUGUACCGAUUUUUAAUGAAGUUGAAAAGAAAUAUUCUUUAUCUGGCUCUCGAGUUCGAUUAGACUCUUCAACUGCUUUUGUCAUUUGUUGGCUUAUUCGUUCUUUUGUUGAGUUGGGUUGUCCUCAGGCAAUAUACGGAGUUAAACGUUUUGCGGAAAAAAUGUUUUUAUCAGAUGAACUGUCUUUUGAAUGGUGUAAAUCGGCUGCUUUAAUGGCUGAGGCGAGAAUUGAGGAAGCAUUAGAAGGCUUUUUGGCUUUUCACAAAUUACAAAUAAGUCAAAAAGAAAAUAAAAAGGAUGAUAAUGACGAAUCUAAAAUUGGCAUAAAAAGUCAAGCGCAUAUACUUCGGGCUGUUGAGGAAAUGGCAUUAAGAGCUGCUUCAAUUUUGCGAAUUCCAAAAAUUUCCAAAAGAAUUUUUGAUGCGUUUACUUGUCAACCAAGUUUAGCAAUUAUUGAAGAUGACAAGGCAACAAAAUUACAAAAACAAUUUUAUGACGUACAAUGGAAGCGUUUGGUUGCUCUCUCAUCAUGGGAUCAACUUGACCAGACCAGCAUUGGUGAAAAUCAUAAUCUUCAAAAACACAAAUUCCUUGCGUGGGAGAAUCGUGGUCGUUUAAUUGACGCAGAGAUUGAGGCCCUUCGUCUCUUUAAAUUACGAAAGAUGCGAAUGUGUGGAGAUUUGUAUGAAGAUGAUGGGACUAAUAUAAGUGACAAUCUCUUUGCAUUACAAGAUGAUUUAAGUGAUUCUGCUCAUUUUAUUCUUCUUUCCGGUACAGAACACACCGAUGGUUUAGAACAUUCACGUUAUGCUCUUUUACAUGCUAUCUGCACUGGUAUUCAACAUUUACAGAAAGGUGGUGGGCAACAAUUUGUUUAUUCAACAAGGCAAUCAAUGCGUAGUCCAAGUAAACAACAACAAAGCCAGAAUGGAGGAAUACCGUUUUUAUUGGAAUUUGAUUUUGCUGAAUUUUUACGUGAAUGGAAAUCAGAAACGUUUCAUCGAUUAGAACUAGGUCAGAUGUAUUGUAGUUGGAUGGAACGUUUGUAUGGUGGUCAACAAAAAGAGCACAGCUAUUUACUUCGAAAAAUGCAUCGAGAUAUGGCACAACUUGCGAUAGAAUCAGGAAAUUCUCAACUUGCUGCAAUGCAUUCGUGGAUGACAACUUCUACUUCUCCAUCACCACAGCAACAAUAUAUUAAUGAUUUCGAUCCUAUUAUUGCUAAUGGUGUCAAUUCUAGUAUUAAUUUUGCUGCUAUGGUGCCCCAAAUGCUGCAGCAACAAGCAUUUACUCCUGCGAUAUUUUCGCCAGGACUUGAUCAGCAACAGCAGCUUUACUUUGUGCCUCAGAUUUCUCCAAUGAUUCAACAACAACCAUUUGACAAUAAAACGAUUUCGACUAUUCCUCCAAAUACAAACCAAGUACUUUUAUCAGAAGAAUUUGAUGGUGAUUCUAUUAAAUUAUUGCCAAAUGAAGUUUCCAUCCUUGGACAAUUUGGAAUUGAUACUUCCUCUGUUAAUGGACGUCGAUUUGAGCAAUUACUUGGUGAGCAACCGUUAUUUGAGGAAUUCUGUAAAGAAGUUCGACGAGAAUUUUCCUCUUCUAAUAAAGAAAAUGACGUUUCCUCUUUGGAAAUAUUUUUAUGCCAACUUGAACAAUCUGCUUUCAAAGAUUUUUGGCUUUCAGUAAAACAUCGUCAAUAUCGUUUAUUUGAACUGGCACUUCAUUCACAUUUACUUUUCCUUGAAAAUCUCUUUCCUGGAAAGAGUCAUGUUCAGACAAUGGAAGUACUUUUACGUUUUCUUAAAAUGCUUACUAAACAGCCAGAAUGGUUUGUAAGAAUAAUGAAUAUUUCUGGUGGGGGUGAAAUGAAUUUUUGGAUGGAAAGAAUUGCUGUAGAUGUUUGGAUAGAUGUCAUUCCACAAUUAUUUUCUUAUUUGAAUCAUUCUAACUCAAUUGUUCGUAGUAUUAUAAGUUUAUUACUUGACACAAUUGGUCUUCAUUUACCACAUGCAAUAUGUUAUCAAGCAGUCGUUAUUGCUGAACAAUUGGAUGAUUUUGACAUUUUUAUGAACAUAAAAAGAAAGCAAAGUACAAUAAAAGCGCUUGACAAUAAGGACUGUAAUGAGGAAGUUAAUUCAAAUGUUGAUACAAAGGAAGCAGCAGAAGAAUUAUUGGAUAAUCAAGAAUCUUCAUUAAAAUGUCAACAAACUAAUCUGGUUGAGUGUUGUCGCGUAUUAGUCAAUUCACUCUCUGGAAGUCAUCCACUUUUGGUUGGUGAAACACGAACAUUUUGCAAUGCUCUUAAAAGAAUUGCUCUUUUGAGUGAUGAACAUUGGCUCUAUGUUCUAUCUCAAUUCGAUCAACAAUUGAAUCGUCUUUUUAGAACUCUUGCUUCUCUACCAGCAGCAAUGCAAACACAACAACAUUUAAAGCAAAAACAAAAUAUUUGUUCUUAUUUAGAAAAAGUUCAUUUUUCUUUAAAUGCUCUUUUCAAUAAGACUUGUGGUGAUUGUGAUGAGUUUACACAAAGUGAAAAUGAUCUUCAAUUUAUUGCUGAUUUUGCUGAACAGAUACGUGAAUCUUUGGAUAUUCUAAUUGAACAAAAUUCUAUUCUCUCUGAUUUAAAUAAAAGAGCAUUAAAGCGUGCUUCAUUGUGCCUCAAUGUUGCAAAAAUUUCUCCAAUUCUAAGCGAAAUGAACUCUACCGCUAUUCCUUUACCUGGGCAAGAACAUUGUCCAUUUAAUGAAAUUGUUACUUUACAAAAAAUGUCUCCUAUAGCUUAUGUCCUUCCGACGAAAACGCGUCCAAAGAAAAUUUCUUUUAUUGGAAAUGAUGGAAAAACUUACACAUUUCUCUUCAAAGGACAAGAAAAUUUAUAUAUUGAUGCUCGAUUGAUGCAAUUACUUCGGAUGUGCAAUACAAUCUUCGCUGAUCCAAAAAAUCAACGUCAAAUGGACACACGUCCUCCUUAUCAUACUGCAGCUACUUAUUCUGUUACACCACUAGGUGCACGAUGUGGAUUGAUUCAAUGGGUUGAAGGUUCUACACCACUUUUUCAGCUUUAUUGGAAAUGGCGUGUCCGACGAGCAAAAUUUUUGGCUGAACUAGAAGAAAAUAAACUAAAUAAACAACAAGGAAUUCCAAAUAAUGUACUAAAACGUGGCGGUCUUAUUGAUAUUUCUCAGAAACAAAAAAUUAAUUUAACGGACAAAUCAGCUAUUACAACUUCAACUGAACCAGAGCGACCAAUUGAGCAUUUCUUUAAUAAAUUGAGGGCUGUGUUUGCUGAAAAUGAUAUUGCUAAAGAACGUGUGGCAGAUCGACGUCGAUGGCCCCCUAAACUUGUGAUGCGUGUACUUCACGAAUUGAUUGAUGAAACACCAAGAGAUAUACUUGCAAAAGAGAUUUGGAUGCAUUCUUCUACUUCAGCUGCAUGGUGGGAACGAACUCAUAAUUUUGCGCGACUUGGUGAUCGUCAUCUUGACAAUGUUUUGAUUAAUUUAAAUACUGGACAAGUGGUUCACGUUGAUUGGAAUGUUUGUUUUGGGAAAGGAAAACAUUUGCGUGUACCCGAGAUUGUUGAAUUCAGACUUACAGGGAAUAUUGUGCACGCUUUAGGUCCAACAAAAGUUGAAAGUACUUCCACAACUCGAAAAACUCACGAGGAAAUGGCUUCAGACGUUAUAAAUCGAAUUGAACAAAAACUUUUGGGAUAUGAAUUAAUUUAUAAUCGAAGCAAUGCUCAUUCCAAAGAUAUGGAAGGAAUUAAUAAUAACAAUAUAAUGGCGUCAGGAAUGUUAAGAUUGCCAAAAGUGAAUACAGGAGAAGAAAAUACAAAUGAUGAAGGAGAAGAAUUAAAUGAGGAGGAUUUGAGUAAAGCAAGAGAUCUCAAAAAAGAACCGACACCCUCUUCUGAAUGGAAAGAAAGUGGACAAUUGAGUGUUUCAGAGCAGGUUGAUUUAUUAAUAAACGAAUCAACUGAUCUAAGCAAUUUGUCGUUAAUGUAUGAGGGUUGGACUUCUUGGGUGUGA